AUGCCAGGGAGUCGCAAAUGUCAAAAUCUCUUCCAGGGCUACAGAAAUACUCAGGGUUGCUUAGACAAAAAAAAGCAACUCUUAUCAACAGCUGAUUCCAUGUAAACAAUACAAAAUGCUAGAAACCGCUGUGCAAUUGCUUGCAGUGGGACUGCUUUGGGGUGUGACUAACCCAUUUAUCCGCCUUGGCAGUCAGGGCAUCGAGUCUGUCAAAGACACGGGCUCCAAGUGGAGAAAUUUGUUACUGGAAGUAUGUACAGUUGGAUCCCGUUGGCGGUACUGGAUUCCAUUUGGACUCAAUCAGUGCGGUAGUGCUUUGUAUGUGUGGACAUUGCAAAGUGCCAGCAUCACAGUUGCGGUUCCAGUCGCCAAUUCUCUCAGUUUUGCUUUUACCGCAAUAACUGGUUAUGCGCUGGGGGAAAAGUUGCCUGGAAAAAAAGUUAUCCUGGGAACGUUCCUAAUCUGCUGCGGCAGCACGCUCAUGAUAUACGACAAACUGGUACAGGAACAGAAGCAAGAAAACCACAGUAUACCAUUCCAAUGAUCUAACCCUAACCCAAAGGCGUACUUGUCUUUAUUGCAUUCGAUAAAAAAAGGCAUAAUUGCUAAUAAAAAUCA